GUCAAGUUGAGAACUUAGUCUGAACUCUAAAAAGUGUUUCUUUCUUCUAGAAAAGGGGCUUUCUUGAUUUGCAAAUCUUGAAAAGAAAUUAUUAUUAACAUGGAAGAUGAGUCAGGUUAGUGAUAAUUAAAUUACCUGUAAAGACCAGAUAUAAGGAUGAUUAAUUUACAUGUAAAGACCAGGGAUUAGUGGUGUGAUGUGAUUAAUUGAGUUUUAAAGAGUGGCUUUUUAGGUAGCCGCAUUUUCUUGAGACCCAAACAAGAGAUUUUGAUAUUUGUUGUUAAGACCAAAGGACAGAGCUUUUUCGUAAGGGACAUUUCAUUCACUCUCAUUGGCUUUCUCCUUGAGGGGGACCGCAAAUCCAACUUCACUUGUCUUUCUUUAUUUUUUUAUAUCCAUGCUAGUCUUACACAUUUGAAGUCUUGAGUAUUGGUUACAUAAAAUGUAGUGUCGUACUCAGGACUUAAAUUUGAUAGAUAUACUUAAACUUUACGUUCUUAUCUUGAAAAAUCUCAAACAUCUAAAAGCAUUAACUUUGGUUGCCAUCCAAAAUAAAAGUUUGGGAGUUUCAUAACUAGUACCAUAGUUUCACUAGAAUGAAAUUGUGUUUACUAAUAAUUGGGGAAGUUUUAUGAAACAUCGACCAGCAGUUGUUUGUUACCAAUAACAAUUGUGAAAGCUUUAUGUAACAUGUAUCAAUAUCUUUAUUACUUAAGUGUCUGUUAUAGCGAUGUCAAAAAAAAAAAGUGUCUGUUAUAGAACUCCGUGAACUAAAACUUAGAAGAUUAAAAAAAACUAGAGAGGAACAUAUAUCAAUUUUAAACCUCGUAUAUAUAUUCUUAACUACCAUAAUUAGUGUUUCCAAAUAUGUGAUGGUAAACUUUUAUUGGUGCACCGGGAUCUAGAUCAGUUGAAAAACAAUAGUUGUUAUUAUACUUAAGCUGAAGAUAAAACUAUACAGUAGUACUUUACGUUGAUCUUGGAAACUUUUUAGAACUUGAACUUGUGUGCGUUGAGUCGAAAUGAUCACAUGUGAAUCUCAUAAUAUAUCUUAGAUCAUCUAUAUGAAAAAAGUCUUAGUCGUAAUCGUUCUGGUGGACAUGAAUGAAUCAUUCAAUUUUUGGACUUUAGAUAACGACAUCAAGAUGUCAAAACCACCAAAGUUUUAUCUACAUCAUCACAUAUCUAGAGUUUGUGUGAACACGAAUCUUUUGGUUCUCAUUUUUCACCUAAUUUUGGUUAAAGAAGACGAAACCUUGAUGUAUACUACUAUUAUAUGUCGUACUAACAUAUUAUUAACAAAUAAUGUUGGAACUUGAAGUGGAAAGGUAAAGGCUAAAAAGAGGAGGUAGCCGCCAUAAAACUUUUCCACGCGAGCUAAUUAUUUACUAUUAUUAAGUCGACCAAAAGAGAAGAAUUACGUGGUCUUUUAGCAUAAAAGCAUAAGUGAUUGAUUAGUUAAGUCUCUUCUUCUCUUUCAAGAUCAAAAAAAAAAAAACAAGAAGGCAGAGAUCAAAGAAGAUGCUCAAAUUCGACGAACCACAAUGCACAAACCCAUCUUGUUUCUUCUGCAGCAUGAAAGAGCCAAACCCUUUCCGUAGAAGAUCAAAACUCGCCGCUAUUUUCAAAGAGAUUCCUCGUACGGAGUCAAAAGACCAUGUCUUGGUCCUGAGCGGUCUGUGGAACAUAGCCAUGUCCGAGCCUGACGAUCCUGAGUUCCCAUCUCUCGGUUUGUUCGAGUGUAUGUCGGAACUCAUACAGAAAGCAAUCAAGAACACAGCUUGGCUUCUCAAAGACCAAAACAUUUUCAUUCCUUACUACGCAGCUCACAUCAUCGGAUCAUACGCUAUGAACAAGGAAGAUUUGGCUUCAUUAGCGGUUGAGUCAAAGGUCUCUGUGGUUCCUGCUUUGUUGGAGCUUUUGAGAGAGAGAAUCAGUUGGGUUGAGCAGAGAGCCGCGGCUCGAGCACUUGGUCAUUUAGCUAGCCAUGAGAAGAGCUUUGGAGCCGUUUCUGUGUUCGAAGAAGAGAUUGUGAAGCUUUCGAAGGAGAUAGCUAGGACUUGUUUGAAGAAUGUUUACAAAAGCUUUCUUGGGGUUGAAGAUAGCUUGAGGCUCAAGUAUCAGAGCGAUUUGUUGACUAGAGGGCUUGGUGGGUUAGAAACAGAGAAUCAAAAGGCAGAGGAAUGGGGGAUUCAGCUACAAUGCUGGUCUUUAGAUCUAUUGAAUUGCUUCGCCUCGCGAGGUAGGUCUCUUGAUAGAAUCUGCGAGGUAGGUUUCUUGAAGAAAGUGAGUGUAAUGUGGGGCGGUUUAGUAAACCGGAAGUCACCAGGAGGCAUUGGAUUGAUAAAGACUCUGUGCAAAACAGAGUUUGGAAGAAGCAGAGUAAGUGAGGUUAGAGAAGUGAUUGAGAGACUUUGCGAUCUUUCGAGAUCCUCUGAUGAUUGGAAAGAGAUGGCUUUAGAUACCCUUUUGCUGCUUCUUAAAGACUCCAACGUUAGGUAUCGAGUUAUCGAUGUUUUAGGGCAUUGUUUAGUGGAUUUAGCAGAAGAUGUAGUUGCUGGAGACAGAGUAGCUCAAGUAGUUUUACAAGACUAUCACAAGAUUAAGUAUAGCGGCUUGAAGAUGAGUAGCGAGGAAGCUCAGAGAAGUAUAGAGAGUCUUUGGGAGGUUAAAGUAGAGAGGAAGAAGAAGGAGAAGCUUAUGAGUGAAGCAGAGCUUGAAGAGAGAAGAAAGAUGGUGAAGUCGUUGAAGAAACAGGGGAAGAAGAAGUUUUUAAUGGGUUUUGUUGAAGAGGCGAUGGAGAUUUAUACAGUAGGGAUCGAUUUGUGUCCGUUGGAUAUGAUAAGAGAUAGGGUUGUGUUGUAUAGCAACAGAGCUCAGUGUUGCUUGUUGCUGAAGAAAGCUGAGUCCGCCAUUAGUGAUGCUACGAGAGCUUUGUGUUUAUCUGGUGUGGAUGAUCCUCAUGGUAAGAGUUUGUGGAGGAGAUCUCAAGCGUACGAUUUGAAAGGGUCGGCGAGAGAGAGCUUGAUGGAUUGUUUGGCGUUCGUAGAUCAACGGAUCCAGCACUCGAGUACGGAGAGAGUACCGUACUACGCGGCACAGAUGAUUAGAAAGCAGAUGAAAGACACGUGGGCUUUCUCAGGGUUUGACUCAAAGACCGGAGAAUCGGACGGUUGGAAGAGGAAGGAAGGAAAAUAGUAACCAGAGCAUAACUACACGAUGCCGUUUUGCCGCACAGACAAAUUUUUUUGGUUUUGAAGUAACCUGUGUUACAGAAAUGAUAAAUCUGCUAUAAACUUUUAACUUUUAAGUAAUAAGAAACCCUUGGCAUAUGUUUGAAAA